AUGUCAGACGAUAAUUCGUCUACCCCUACCCCUAUCCUGUCUAGACCUGUAUUUUCUCGCUUUGCUUUCCAUGAGGAUGACUAUACCCAUCCUUGUCAUCCUCUAUAUGUCCAUCCUUCUGAUGUACUAGGAACCUCUUUAGUUUUAGUGCCAUUUGAUGGCACUGGUUAUGGGAGUUGGAGACACACUAUUUUAGUGGCCCUCUCUGUCAGAAACAAACUUGACUUUGUCAAUGGAGUCUUUGUUAAACCCCGUGAUACCUCUCCCCUGUUAUUCAACUCUUUGUCUAAGGACAUAGCUCGUAGUGUUGAGUACUCUGAGCUUGCCAAGGACAUUUGGGGGGAGUUGGAAGAGAGAUAUGGUCAGGCUGAUGCUGCCAGAAUUUUUGGACUCAAAAAGGACACUGUUUACAGCAUCUUACUCUCAGAUGAAAAACAGAGACAAGUUUCCACUUCUCCUCAGUUUCUUCCUAGUUCUGCUUCAUUCAAUGCUGGUGUAUCCAAGAAAGUCUACCCUUACAGAGUCAAUUUUGAUUCUUCUAAACCUCCAACCUGUAAGUAUUGCAAGAAACCAGGACAUACCAUUGACAAAUGCUAUAAGUUGCAUGGGUAUCCUCCCAACUUCAAGUUUACUAAGGGAACUGCCUCAAGGAAAACUGCUGCUCAUGUUGAGUUGGAGCAUGGUUCCCCUUCUAAUGUUGUUGUUCCUGGUGGAGGGUCUCAAUCUGAUACUUCUUCUGAGGUUGUCUCUGACUCAAUGGUGCCGCUUAUUAUGCCUCCUGUUGCUUCUGCCACCUCUGCUACUUCUUCUGUCAUUCCCACUUCUCCUAUUUCUUCUUCUGUUAUGCAUGAUGUAUGUGUUUUUCCUUCUGAGAUUAGUGCAAAUGUAACUAGUACUGGUUCUAAUAAGAGACAUUUAAAGGUUCAAACUGUAAGGAGUGAUAAUGCUCUGGAAUUAGGAUCAAGCACUGUUGGUUCUGCAUACUUCUCUGAGAAAGGGAUCAUACAUCAAACAUCAUGUCCUCACACCUCACAGCAGAAUGAGCCUAACACUUACUCACAAGCAGCAUCAAGUCCUGAGUGGCAGGAUGCUAUGAAAAAGGAAUUUGAGACCUUAGAGGCCAAUGGAACUUGGGAAAUUGUUCAGCUACCAUUGGGUAAGAAGCCCAUUGAUUGUAAAUGGGUGUAUAAGGUCAAAUACAAAGCUGAUGGAACAAUAAAAAGAUACAAGGCUAGACUUGUGUUAAGGGGCGACACUCAGGUUGAAGGAAUAGAUUUUCAUGAAACCUUUUCACCUGUUGUAAAGAUGUCUAUUGUUAAAACCUUAAUUGUUGUGAAAGUUAAAAAUAAAUGGCCAUUGUUUCAAUUAGAUGUAAACAAUGCUUUUCUACAUGGGGAUUUGAAUGAGGAGGUCUUCAUGAAACUUCCACCUAGCUUGGGUUAUGUGCAUUCCUUGAGUGAUUAUUCUAUGUUUCCUUGGGGUUCUGGAGAGUCCUUUGUCAUUUUGGUGGUGUAUGUGGAUGAUAUAAUCAUCACUGGGACUGAUUUAGCUAAAAUAUCUGUUGUGAAAGCUUUUCUCCAUGAUCAAUUUAAAAUUAAGGAUUUAGGCAAUCUCAAUUACUUCUUGGGGAUUGAGGUGUUGCAUACUGAUUAUGGGAUGCAUGGGAAACUAAAGGCCACUGAAGGUGAUGUGUUGCCUAACCCUGAGAGUUAUAGAUGUCUGAUUGGGAAGCUGAAUUUUCUCACUCACACUAGGCCUGACACCUCCUUUGCAGUACAACACUUAAAUAGUAGGAAGUCUGUGUCUGGAUUUUGUAUCUUGUUGGGAGGAAGUUUAGUGGACUGGAAAUCAAAGAAGCAGUCUGUAGUUUCCUUAUCCUCUGCAGAAGCAGAAUACAGGUCGAUGAGCAAAGCUACUGCUGAAAUUAUAUGGGUCUCCCGGCUUCUUUCUGAUCUUGGUAUUCAGGUUCCCAGUCCAAUUCAGUUUUUCUGUGAUAAUCAGGCAACUAUACAUAUUGUCAAGAACCCAGUUUUUCACGAGCGCACUAAACAUGCCGAACUUGAUUGUCAUUUCAUCAGAGGCAAGCUCACUGAAGGCCUGAUUUAA